CUUUCAGAGUCCAAUUCGCACAACUACACAGACUUAGACAGUUUGCAACAUGUCCAGUGAUGGUGCUUACAGCAACAGCAACAAAGGCUACCAUUGAUGUCAUAGCUGAGAGAGUUGGGCUUGAUCAUCCCAAAGUUAUCAGAGGAUCCUUAAACAGAUCUAACUUGUUUUUUCUGUUCAUGAAGAAAAAGGCAACAACUGAGUUCAGUUUAAUGCCUAUUAUUGAAGACCUACGACAAGAAAGCAAUGACUUCAAAAAGACGGUUAUCUUUGUUCGAACAAAGGAAUCAGCCACUGCCAUUUGGCAGAUGUUGUCGAAGACUGGGCUUGCAGAAAUACACCAUUCUUCUCUCACCACAGAGAGAAGAAGACAGUCAGAGAGCCAGCUCAAAAAUUCACAGGUCUCGGUAGUUGUUGCUACCAUUGGAUUUGGCAUGGUAUCUUACAACAUAGAUAUAUCUAAAUGUGAAUGCCAUGCAGUUAUUCUGAUAGAAUUGCGGUUUCAAUCUAUUUCAGGGAAUCGACAUAAAAGACAUCCGAUUGGUAAUCCUCUAUGGGCUACCUGACUCUAUUCCACAGAUGUUCCAGGUAUUUUUUAUCCAUGGUGUGUGACCAUGCCUGCACAAUUGUGUAGCUAUUGUGUACAGAUGUUUGGAAGAGCUGGACGAGAUGGGCUACCUGCUACUACUGUACUGUUGUACAGACCAUCUGAACUAAAAGCAAAAUGUGUAAAAGAUGACUUGAAAAGUUUGGUCAACGGUAAAAGAUGCAUUAGAAGUGUAUUUAUGGCAGCCUUGGACUCCGACCUGACAGAACAAGGGGGUUUGCCUUGCUGUAGCACUUGUCUUACUCACAGCCAGGAUCCCAACAGACUGUUUGUCUACUCACACCAUCCUUCACAGCGGAGAAGUAAUAAAAGAAGUCAUGUUCAGGUGACUGACGAGACUUUGCCUGAAGACACCUUGAGAUUGAAAAGAGCUUUAAGCAGAUGGCGAGCAACUACAGCCGAGAUAGAGGGUAAGAAAGGGCUUGGAGUGGAGAUCAUUGCCUCUAAUAAGCUGCUAGACUACAUAGCCAGGAACAGCAGUGAGUUGACGUCAGAGGAGAAGGUUGCAUGCGUACCUGGUCUUUCACAGCGUCAUGCCGCCUCCCUUUACGCUGUUCUUGAAGCCUGUCGUUCAAGGCUCGCGAGUGAUGACGACAACGAGCUACCCGCACGCGAAAUCCAACAACGUCAGUGUAGUCGAGGAGCUCUCACUGACAUAUUCAAUUUCCCACACAAUGACAAGUCCUAG